AUGUCUCUCAAGAAAGAUUCCCACCCCUCGUCCGCCGCCUUCGACGUCAUCAACCAGACGCUCCAGGCCAACGAGGCUGACCGCAAGGACGCCCUCGAAAAGGCCAAGGCCGUCGUCGCUUUCAACAUCAAGAAUUCCGACGGCAAAGAAGAGGCCUGGUACCUCGACCUGAAGGACAAGGGCGAGGUUGGACACGGGCUCGCUCCCAAGGGCGGCAAGGCUGACGUCACCCUCUCCCUUUCCGACGCCGAUUUCGCCCAGCUCGUUGCCGGCAAGGCCAAUGCCCAGCGUUUGUUCAUGGGCGGCAAGCUGAAGAUCAAGGGCAACAUCAUGAAGGCGACCAAGAUGGAGCCUAUCCUGAAGAAGGCCCAGGGCGGUGCCAAGCUGUAAAGAUUAGAUACCCGUUUGACAAAAUGUAUAAGAAUCUCCCGAAGGGUCGAUUCCAACUCUAUAAUUUCUGCGCCUAUGCGAAUAUACACGAGUGAAUGAUUUCUUGUAUGCGUGCCGAUAGAAG